AAUAGAAACCGCAAAAAUUGAUGCCGGGGGAAACAGAGUAACAGAAUAACAGAAGAUCUUGGCUCCAAAGAGAGGGGCUGUCCUCCUGUUUUAUCAAUUCGUCUUUUGCCAAACCUCCUUUGGAUUCUCCUCCUAAAUUCAUUCUUUACACUCUCAAUCUUUAUUUCACACUCCACAAUGCACUCUUCGCUUUCUCUCAAGCCUGCGUUUCAGGUUUCCCCUUCCCUCUCUUCCAGAACCCCAAACUGGAUUCCGCCGCCAGCGCAAGUGAAUUCGUGCGCAAGACACUCUUUUCCCGCUUUCUCUGUUCGAUCCCAGAUGGGCUCAACCGAUACUUCGCCUGCAAUAGAUACAUCUAGUGAAUCUUUGACAGAUUCCCUAGAAGUUAAGGAGUUGGAAGUGGGCAUGCUCCAGAAUGAAGUUGCUGCCAGCCAUGGUAUAAGGAUAAGGAGAAGACCGCCAACUGGGCCCCCUUUGCAUUAUGUAGGUCCCUUUGAAUUCCGGUUGCAGAAUGAGGGAAAUACUCCUCGUAAUAUUUUGGAAGAGAUUAUAUGGUACAAGGAUACAGAAGUCGCACAGAUGAAAGAGAAAAUGCCUCUCAUUGUACUGAAGAAAGCUCUUGAAAAUGCUCCUGCUACCAGGGAUUUCAUUGGUUCCUUGAGGGAGGCCAAUGAGCGAACAGGACUUCCGGGACUGAUAGCUGAAGUGAAGAAAGCUUCGCCGAGUAGAGGUGUCCUGAGAGAGGACUUCGAUCCAGUUGAAAUAGCUCGAGCUUAUGAAAAAGGUGGAGCAGCAUGUUUAAGUGUUUUGACAGAUGAAAAGUAUUUCAAGGGGAGCUUUGAAAAUCUUGACUUGAUAAGGAAGGCUGGAGUAAAGUGCCCUUUGUUGUGCAAAGAAUUUAUAGUAGAUGCAUGGCAACUUUAUUAUGCUCGAAUUAAAGGCGCAGAUGCAGUUCUUCUUAUUGCUGCUGUUUUACCGGAUCUUGACAUUGGUUACAUGAUUAAGAUAUGCAAGAUACUUGGACUGACUGCUCUUGUGGAGGUGCAUGAUGAGAAUGAAUUUGAUCGUGUUCUUGGAAUAGAGGGGAUUCAACUUAUUGGGAUCAACAACCGUAAUCUUGGAACAUUUGAGGUGGACAUCAGUAACACAAAGAAGCUUCUUGAAGGAGAGCGAGGCAGAAUAAUCCGUGAGAAAGACUUAAUUGUUGUUGGGGAUCUGGCCUGUUUACUCCGAUGA